ACCUGGCAACCCUGAUUCAGAGCGCAAGAUCAGGACGAUCAUGGCGGCGCAAACCCCGGCGCUUGUUUCAGCCCAAUGGCUUGCAGAUGCGAUAAAAAACAACCUUAUUGGACCGAAUCUUCGAAUUCUGGAUACGUCGUGGUACCUAGCGAAAUUAAAACGCGAUGCAAACGCGGAAUUUAACGAACAGCACAUACCUGGAACUUCGUUCUUUGAUAUUGACAAAUGCUCCGACAAAACUUCCUCGAUGGAUCAUAUGCUCCCAACUGCAAGCUACUUUGCUGAGUAUGUGGGGGGUUUAGGUAUAGGAAACGAUACACAUGUAGUAGUGUACGAUACCAGCGAUUUUGGGUCAUACAGCGCACCCCGCGUGUGGUGGAUGUUCCGGUUAUUUGGGCACAAUUCUGUGUCGGUCCUGGACGGUGGUAUGAAGAAUUGGCUGGCCGAGGGGCAUUCGGUCACUGCAGAAUACACCAAGCCAGGACAUGCGGAUUUCAAGGCGACCGCCAAUCAAUCAUGGGUCAAGUCGUAUGAAGAUGUGCUAAAAAACAUCGAGACCAAACAGGUGCAAGUGGUUGACGCAAGAUCCGCCGGCAGGUUCCGGGGAACCGAACCAGAACCAAGAGAUGACACUGAGCCUGGCCACAUUCCUGGUACUAUCAACAUGCCUUUUGCCAAGUUCAUGGAUGCCUCAGGCAAGGAGUUGGAGCUUGAAGUGCUGGCAAAAAUGUUCCGGGAGGCUGGGGUGGACUUGGAGAAACCGUUCUGGGUAACCUGUGGGUCAGGGGUCACUGCAUGCCAUGUGGUUCUGGCUGCUCACCUGCUGGGACAUUCAGGGUCGGUGUCUGUAUAUGACGGGUCAUGGUCUGAAUGGUUCAAAAGGGCUGCUCCUGAGCAUGUCAUCUCUGAGGGCAAGGGAAAGCAAGUGUGAUGUGGAGAUGAGCACUAAGGGAAAUACUGUUGAAUUAGUUACUGCUCAGUAGCAGGGAGGGGACACUAUGAUUCACAAAAUAAGUUACAGAUUGCACAAAAUAUGAAGGGUUUUAUUGAUUUUGACUGAAGAUUUUGGCUGAGUUGUAUGAAUGGCUCGGUGUG